AUGGUAGGGAUGGCGAUGGCGCUGUCAUGGUUGAUGCUGGUUAGGAUCAUUAGUUUCAAGAAGUCAGAGACAUCCGCUCUGCUGCAAGUUGGUGCGCAUGCCAAGGGAGCUGUGCGAAGAUGCGAUGCCUUCUGCGAGAAGAAGUGGAAGGAGCACCUGGCGACUGUCCGUGAGGAACUGAGGAGGAAGCAUGCUGCGGCGAUCAAGAAUGGGGCCCAGCUAUCGCACAUCUCUUUGUCAGAGACAGCUGGACCUGCUCAGAGUCAGAAACUGAACCUCAAGGUUGCUCCAGCCAGAAAUCCAACCGGAAGGUACCGCAACAAAGUGUUGCAGAAGCAGGACAAUUUCUGGAAGCGUAUCGGAUAUGGUGCUAAGAAGAUGGUGAAGCCCAAUUGUAAAUUAUUCGAUGAUUGCUGAGUGUGAUGCAUUGAUGCAUUCUAUGGUCUCGUCUGAAUCUUCAAAGAUGUGUGUCUACAAGUCUCGGUUGAUUUUUCGCAGCAAGAGGCCACGGCUAACAUAGUUGAAUAAAUGCAAGCUUCUCACG